CCCGGUGUAGGAGGAGGUGACCGUAGUAGCUGCAGUGGCGGCGCCUUGGGCGGGCCUCAAUGGAGCUCGAGAAUAUCGUGGCCAACACUGUGCUGCUCAAGGCGCGCGAGGGUGGAGGAGGGAACCGAAAGGGAAAGAGUAAAAAAUGGCGACAAAUGCUGCAGUUUCCACACAUCAGCCAGUGUGAAGAUCUUCGGCAUACAUUGGAGCGAGACUACCACAGUUUGUGUGAGAAGCAGCCCAUUGGCCGCCUGCUGUUCCGUCAGUUUUGUGAAACACGAGUUGAGCUUAUGCGCUGUGUCAAAUUCCUGGAUGCUGUGGCAGAGUAUGACGUGACCCCUGAUGAGAAACGGAAAGAGUAUGGGCAGUGCCUGAUUGAGACCUAUCUGAACCCUAAGAGUGUGGACCAUGUGCCUGAAGUGCCCCCGGAGCUAGUAAAUCUGUGUUCUGAGCGACUGGAGCAGGAACCGAGUAAAGAGCUCUUUAAGGAAUCUACCAAGCUCAUCCAUGACUAUCUUAGCAUGGCGCCUUUUGCCGACUACCUUGACAGUAUUUUCUUCAACCGCUUCCUGCAGUGGAAAUAUUUGGAAAGGCAGCAUGUGACCAAGAACACUUUCCGCCAGUAUCGUGUACUGGGAAAGGGAGGCUUUGGAGAGGUGUGCGCUUGCCAGGUGCGGGCCACCGGGAAGAUGUAUGCCUGCAAGAAGCUGGAGAAGAAGAGGAUAAAAAAGCGGAAAGGUGAAGCCAUGGCCUUGAAUGAGAAGCAGAUACUGGAGAAAGUGAACAGUAGGUUUGUAGUGAGCUUGGCCUAUGCAUACGAAACAAAAGAUGCCCUGUGCUUGGUCCUGACGCUCAUGAACGGCGGGGACCUGAAGUUCCACAUCUACCACAUGGGCGAAGCAGGCUUUGAGGAGCCCCGGGCAGUUUUCUAUGCUGCUGAAAUCUGCUGUGGCUUGGAGGACCUCCACAAUGAGAGGAUAGUGUACAGGGACCUGAAGCCAGAGAAUAUCUUGCUGGAUGACCAUGGUCACAUCCGCAUUUCUGACCUGGGGCUUGCUGUUUAUGUUCCGGAGGGACAGACGAUAAAAGGCCGAGUGGGAACAGUUGGCUAUAUGGCUCCUGAAGUGGUGAAGAAUGAGCGGUACACAUUCAGCCCUGACUGGUGGGCCUUAGGAUGCCUGCUGUAUGAAAUGAUUGAGGGCCAGUCCCCAUUCCAGCAACGCAAGAAGAAGAUCAAGCGUGAAGAAGUGGAGCGGCUAGUGAAGGAAGUGCAAGAGGAGUAUUCUGAGAAGUUCUCACCCGCUUCACGCUCUCUCUGUUCCAUGCUCCUGUGCAAAGACCCGCUAGAACGACUGGGAUGUCGAGGUGCCGGUACCCAGGAGGUGAAGGAGCACCCGCUCUUCAAGCACUUGAAUUUCAAGCGGUUGGAAGCAGGGAUGCUUGAUCCACCAUUCAAACCUGAUCCCCAAGCUAUCUAUUGCAAGGAUGUGUUGGAUAUCGAGCAGUUCAGCACAGUCAAGGGAGUAGAACUGGAGCCCAUGGACCAUGACUUCUACCACAAGUUUGCAACAGGAAGUGUGCCUAUUCCCUGGCAAAAUGAGAUGAUAGACAUGGAGUGUUUCAAGGAGCUGAAUGUCUUUGGUCCAGAUGGAGCCGUUCCUCCUGACCUGGACUGGAAGGGGCAGCAGCCAACAGUACCCAAAAAGGGUUUACUCCAACGUCUCUUCAGCCGACAGGACUGCUGUGGGAACUGCAGUGAAAGUGAAGAGGAACCCACUCGCCUCUAGGUCCAGCUAGUCCAUUCUUUCUAUAAGCCUGGCCAAGCCGUGAGCUGACUCUACAAAAGAGAUGGUACUGGCCUUGUCCUGGCCUGGCUUACAGUCCAAUUGCACACGCGGGCUGUAGGAUGUACGGGCCCCUCAUUUCAGGGAGGCAGCAGACCCCCGCCCCCAGAGGAAGUGCUCCCGGAAUGGGGACAGGAGGCGACUGCAAAGACCUUCAGGGUGCUGCUGUGAGAUCAUCCUGCCACGCCUCUUUCCUUGCAGGAAGGUGAUGGCAGACCUAGUGGAACAUGCCAGGGCUGGCCCUGGCUCCGGCCUUUGGCCCUCCCGUCCGCUCAGCUACUGGAAUUUGUUUUAUAUAUUUAUAAUGAAAUAUCUAUGAAUGUAUGUAUAUAGCAUAUGUACAUUUGCAAUGGUGGGGAGAGGUCCUUCUGCAUUUCACCCAUCCUUUCUCUGUCUGUCUCUUACCUCAUCACCCUUGCUGCACCCCGGUGAAUACUGUGUACCUGUAACUUCUGAAAAGCAAGGAAGCGGCUCCCCUCACUGCCCCAAGCAGUGGCUUCUGGCCCUUACGAGGUUUUUUCAAGUUCCUUUCCUGGAUCCUGGGUCAUAUUUUUGUAGCCUCAGUGGAGAUGGGGACUGGGAGGAGAUGAGGUAUGGCAGCUGAAACACACAAGCAGCCACCACUGGUCUGCAGGAGGCAGUCAGGACCUGCUGUGCGUGCCUGCGUCCUUACCUGUCCUUACCUGUGUCUCCCCAGUUGACUUGCAUUAUUGCCCCAGUGCACUGUAACAGCGGCAGCAACGAUUGAAGGCUCCUUCUAGCCAUGUCUAGGCAACACCCACAGGCUGCUCUGGGAUGACCGGCUGUGGGCUUUUUCUCCAGGACAUGGCUUCGUGGGAAUAAAGGAAGCCUAGUAACAGUCAGUCUCAUUACUGUUUGUAGAAGCAAACUGGUUUCCAGCUUUAAUUUCUGUUGUGAAGCUCUAAUGGGACCUGAACUGAUGAGGAGAAAUUGGGUGUGUUUAUAUCUUCUGCUGGAAGCCUCUGUAGGAACUGAGUCCAUCUUUUGUUUUUAGCUUCUUCAUUUCCCUGUACCACUAUGCCCCUCAAAAAGCAAUGCUUUUGACUGUCCUAGUACAGUUUUCCAAAGGAAUGACUCUAGUUGAAUCACCUGCCAGAUGUGCCAAUGCUGAAACCUGGGCUCUUGAGCCCUCUGUACUCUUGGCAGGGGGUCAGACCACAGAACAAGUGGGAGAGCUGGGAUCAGAUCCUUUGACAUACUAUUUUUAUUGUAAAUUGGGUGCUGGCUCUCUCCAUUUGGAAGAGAAAGUGUGUGGUUCACCUUUUCCUCUGUGCACAAGGUUCCCAAAGUGAAUUGUGCUCUGAAGCUGCUAUUAGCUCCCCAACAGGGGGGAAAAAUGUGACAACCAGUAUUUGUACACAGUGGGGCAAAAUGCACCUCUGGGGGAGCCGUUGGUGUCUGGCCCCAUAUGCCUUGUGUUUCCUUCUGUGUGGUCCAAGGUCCUGGUCCUCUCUUCCACAGGCUCCCAUGACUGGAGCCCAGGGCUCCAGAGCUGCAUUUAUGCCUUUAUGAUGUCAUGCUGAGCAGCCCUGUUCCACUCCUCAGCCAGGCCUAAAGCUUUCUGCCAUUAUUCUUUCCCUGAGUUCAUGUCUCAUGUGCACAUCUUCAGUCUCCCAGUAGUUAUCUCUGAGCUCAUGGUCUGUGUUGGGAGCAGGGGCACUGCCUUUCUGCAGAACAGUUAGCCUCAUUUCUCAGUUCAGCUGUGGUACCUCAUGUCAGUAUUGCACUUCUCGGUAAUACUGAGGCGAUUUUGAGUUCAUUUGUUAAUCGGAACUACUGAUUGGUCACUGCUGUGGUGCGGAAGUAGAUGCAGUGCAUACAUCACAGGUGCUGGUACAGUUUCAUGGGUUUGGGACAUCAACCGGCCUGCCUUGAAUUUGAGGGUACAGCAACUCUUCCCUGGCUUCUGUGUGGCUGACAGAACAUCUGUUACCGCCUUCCACCCUUGACUGAUCUCUGCAUCUUCUCUGCACCAACCAUAAUGGGCCCCUCUGACAGCCUGACAUUCAGCUUCUGGAUUAGAAUCUCCUUUUCAUCCUUUCCUUCCUUGAAAAUUCUAAUUGGCCAUGAGAUGCUAUUUAUAGACUUCCUGGAAGAAAUGGGGGGGGGGGUCUUUUCCCUUUAUUAUUUUUAAAUCAACUCAGUUCUUCCUUCAAAAACCUUUAUAAAUAAUUCUGGCUGUCUUAAGACGAAAAACUUGGCUGAUAAUAUAAGCAUGUAUGAAUUGAGGUGAUCUCAUCCUAAACCAUAUCACAGAGCUGACUCAGAUGUCAGAUGUAUAGACCCAGUCUAUAAAAUACAGUUUUUAAAAUGGAGAAUGCACUGCAACUGUGAACAUAACAUAGGAAGGCUUAACUGCAAUAUGAUUGUGGAUCCCAGGUCUGUGUUAUAUUGCAGGGAAUCUUAGAGUUGGCAGUGAUACCUGUAAAUUUGCUAUUGAGAUUGGAGUUCUUUCUGCAUUUUUAAGUGCAAUAUCUCCUUAAGAUUUGUUAGAUAUACAUAUUGCAAACACACCAGUGAAAGGGACUGUUUCACAAGUGACAGAGUUAUUUGAUUUACUAAUAUCUGCCACUUGUUAGAAAGAAAUUACCUUUUUAAUUUAGAUUUCAUCCAAGUUGGGAAUGUGGACUUUUCUAUCUUAUAGUAAAGGCAUAGGUGUUUUUUUUUUUAAAAAAUCAGGUUCUAUUUGUAUUAUAAAAGAUUUAUAUAGAAAUACUUGAGUGUAGCUCUUAAAUGUUAAACAGAAAAGCAUGUUAAUGUUGUCCUCAGUGACAAAUUUUGUGUUUUAGCUCUGAUUAUAAACUAGAAACCUUGUUCUUCAUCGAAACUGGAACAGGGUGUUCAUUGUGUCUCUGUGACCUGUGUGGUGGCAGGUCUUGACAGGAAUACUUGAGACAGUUAUAAAACGGUUUUGUGUUUGUCCCUCUCGCCUAUUAUGGUUUACUCUGACUGGCAUCGUCUUUCUCAUCACCUACUAUUGAACAGAGAUGCCAGGAAAUGAAACUGUAAUGCCAGGAAAUGGGGCCUUCUGUACGUGCUCUACCAGUGAGUUACAGUCCCUCCCGUAUUGGCCACCACUCCAAUGAACUGGGAACCAAAGAAUGGUGUGACAUUGAACAUUUUACUUGAUUAAGUUCUGGUUUAAAUAUUUGGGGGUUGAGAGGGGUGCUCACUUUUUAUGACAUAGGCAGGCUCCUGCCUUGCAAAGAAGAAUGGUUGGAGCAAUGUUCUUCUGAGGGUAGGAGCAGCUGUACUCAGUUCGGCAUUCGGCAUUCCCCACCAAUUUUUUCCUUUGUGACUGCCAAAACUCUAGCCUGAUCUGCUGACCUGGGUCACUCUUCUUUAUUCUCCAUGUCUACAUUCCUCUCAUGACUCUUCCCCCACCUCCCUGCAUCCCUUUGUAAACCCAAAUGGUACCUGUGCUUAUUUUCCCCACUCCUAUUCAAACGUGUAUCCAAUUCUCUCCUCUCAUAAUGGGCUUGGUCUGCCCGCUGUUAGCACUUCUAAGGAGCUCUGUCUGCUUUCCAUCUUCUAUAGUUAAACUAGUGUGUGGUUUGUCUCUGCUUAACUGCAGAGAAGAAAGAUUACAUACAAUGGUGAUGUUACGAGAUGUACAAUGCAGAUAUGCCCACUAGAAGCAUUGGGAACUGGGCAUGCCUAAGCAAGGAACUGCUUCCUUUCUGGAACUGUUUUUCUCUCUCCUCUGCUUUCUCCUCAAGAAGAACUCCAAGAAUAAAAGGAGCUCCUUCACAGUAACUGUGGUGUGCCCCAUUCAUAAGUACAAUAACAGAAACAAGCAUGCUUUGUGAGUAUAUGUCAGUAUGUACUUUGUGGACUGGCAUCCCUGUCUUAAAUUGCAUGGAAGUGUGAAUGUAUUGUAGAUUUGGCAUUACCCAUUGGAGAAAAGAACCAGUUUGAGUCUUCCUGUGCAUGCACUGUUGCAAUAACUGAUACUGUACCAUCAUCUUUCUUAGAAAGUGACUUUGCUCAUGGACUGUGGAGAUGUGAAAUGCAUAAGAGGUCAGCUGCACAAGAAAUGUUGAUUAACAAGCUGUAAAUGUUUGGCCUUGCUGGAGCGUGUAAAGCAAACUACACUGUGGUGUCAUAUUAAUGAAAGCUUGAUAGAAAGUCAGAGCCACAGUCUGAACCAGGCCAGUAUCGUCUGUGUUGUGGCCUGUGGCCUGUGCCCUCCCCGGCCCACCCUGCAUCAGAUUCCCCCCAGCGCUGCACCGGCCUUGCGACUGUCCUGCAGCGCAGUACGAUGCUCCUCCGAUGGAUGGGUGUGGCUUUGCUGCUGGUCACUGGCAUGGAAAAAAAGCCCUCUGCAAUUUCCCGCGUUAUAAAAUAAGAGCCAUGACUUAAAUUCAUGAAAUAGUAUGGCCAGGUAUCAUUUAAUGUCAUUUUUUUAAAGUUUUAUGUAGCACUCAAUGGAGAGCCACCUAAACAUCGGAGGAAAUCAACACACAGUUGUUAAAUGUCAAAAAAUUAAAAGUAGGCAGGCACUAAAUGUCAACACAUAAACACCAUCCAGGUUUUUAAAGUGCAUGCUGUCAUUCCUGAGUGGUAACCCAAAGGCCAUCCAUAAAAAGGCAGAUGAAGGCUUCAGUGGAAGCUGAUGGUUAGAGAAUUUUUAUUUUUUAUUAAAUUGUUUUUAAUUAUAUAGCAAAGGGAAAUCGUCCCUUCUCGUUCAGCUGCAGAGGAAUGUUGAGAGCUGUGUGACCACCUCCCCACAGCCUGCUCUUCCACAGGAACAGAGGAAGGGUUGCUGCUUAAUAAAUACGUGGGAACAGGCACUACCUCAGGGACCCUAGCCCUAGACUCCCCAAGGUUUUAAAAGUUGAAACCAGUAUUUGAAUAGAGACUGGAGACAUUGGCAAGCAAUGCAGAUAUUUCCAGAUAGGUGUAGAUGGCCUCUCUGGACAGUUCAGCGGUCACACAUUUCACUAAUGUGAGCACAUUGCAGUAGUCAAUCCAGAGAUUGCUACAAUACGUACCCUGGUACCUAAAACCUGAUAAGGGUGCCACUGUUGCACAAAUAUGCAAUCAGUCUCUCUUUACAUGUGAGAAAGAUUCAAUAUAAGCUGAAUCUCUAAUAUCACAAAAAAUUUGCUACUCUACCAACAUCUGCUGUUGAUAUCUGAAUUAAGCUUCAAUGUGUUAGCCUUUAUCCAGUUGUUCACAGCUUUGGGAACCUAUGGAUCCUUCUGAAAUCAGGAGAAGCAGAGCAGUGACUCCGUAGUUUAGGAUAUCCCACAACUUCAUCAGCAGCCUCAAAGGAUCCUAGAGCUGGAAGAAUCCUUGCAGGUCACCCACCUAGCCUCCUACCAAUGCUGCCUUGAUAGGUGGCUCUCAAUCUCUGCUCAAAAACUCUUUUACCAUGUUCUGCUGCUGCAGAACUAGUACCAUCAGCAACUUCUUCCUAAGAUUUAGUCAAAAUCCCUUUGUUAUUGCUUGAGGUCCUACCCUCCGGAGCAGCCUUCUCCAACCUGACACUUUCCGGAUGUGUUGGACUACAAUUCCCCCCAGCCAGCAGGUCUGAUCUUGAUGGGAUCAUGGGACUUGUUAUCUGACAGCUGGAGGAUACCAGGCUGGGGAAGGUCACUGUGGAGUGCACCAGGAUGUAUGCAACAAAAUUUCUUUCAUAUCUCUUGUCUCUUCUCCAGUCUAAUCAUGCCCAGCUCCUUUAGCCUUUCCUCACAGGACUUUUCUGCAGACCCCUUGCCAUCUGCAUCCUCCUCUAAAUAAAUUCCAGUUUGAUGGUUCUUCUCUUCAAACUGGUGCCCAGAGCUGGACAGGGUGUUUCAUAUGAAGCCUGGGCAAAGGAGAAAAAACCAGGACCGUUAUUUCUUACAAUCUAGACACGAUUCUUUUGCUGAUGCAGCCUAGAACUCCAUUAGUCAUUUGAGUUACUCCUUUAUACUACUGACUCAUGUUUCGCUUCUGAUCUACUAAUAUGCCUAGAUCCUUCUCACAUGCACUGUGUUAAGCCAGGUCUCACAGAUUGUUAAUGUACAAAUAAGUCUUCCUACUUAAUUGCAGAACUUUACAUUUAUCUGUAUUGAGAUUAUUUUUAUUAGUUCUGGCCUGGUUCUCCAUCCUGUCAAGAUCCAUGUGAAUUCUAGUUCUGUCUUCUGAAGUAUUAAGCAGUGCAAUAUCAUCUGCACAUUGAAGGAACAUUCCUUCUACUACUUCGUCCAAAUGAUUAGUCCAGAUAGGAACAUUGGUUCUAGGACAGAAUCCUGCAGCAUCCCUCUUGUACUUUCCCUCCAGGUUAACAAAGAGCCAUUCAUGAAUACCCAUUAGGAAUGGCCCCCUACAAAUCACCCAGUAGUAACAUCAUUUAACCCACAUGUUACCAGUUCACCAGCUAGAACUCUAUGGGAGAUGGUGCCAAAGCCUUUGUGUCAACAUUUACUACAUUUACAUCUUUCCCAGGAUCUACUAGGCUAGUGAUUUUCUCAGACAGUAGAUAUGCACUUGAGAAACUUAUGCUAGUUCUUUGUAAACAUAAUAUUUUCCCCUAAAUAUGCAUGCCUGACUGGUUUCUUCCAGAACCUUUUCAGGUAUCCAUUUCAAACAAAGGAGUUGCCUACAUCCUUGACUUUCCCACUUACUGCUUGAAGAUGAAGACAGCAUUUGCUUGCCUCCAUUUCCAAAAAUUAUUGACAGAGGCUCUGAGUUUGCAUCUGCAAGUUCCUUUAAUAGACUAGGCUGUAAUUCAUCAGAUCCUAAAUGAGAAUUCAUUUCAUCUCUCUUCCUUUUACUCCAAAUAUAGCCCACACCUUUUUGUUAUUUUUAACCUUCCUUGCAUGCCUAAGAUCAUUCUGUGCUUUAACUCUCCUCACAUUCAUCCUGUAAUCUUUGAGUACUUGUUUGCAUUUGUUCUUGGUACAUAAGACCCUGUCCUUAUGAACAUGUCACUUUAAUUCUGAGCUCAUCAGAAAACUUAUGUAGCUGGUAGUUCUUUGGUUGCCUUGUUUUGUUUUUAGAUCACAGGUGGGCAGAAGGCAAAUCUCCAGAUGUUUUAGAUCAGUUUGACAAUUUGUCAAGAGUCCUAGGAGUUGAAAUCCAAAACAUCUGGAGAUUCACUUGCUUUAAAACAUGUAGCAGUUACUCUCAUUUGAAACUCCUUGUUUAUUGUUCCUGUUUGCUCACUCUGAAUUAUCUGUGUUAAAUAAAAGAAACAAAAUACAAUUUUAAGGUUUAGGAAACUGAAUGCUCCCAAAUUAAUAUCUCAUUGAAAGCCAUUGGAAUCCCUUGUAAUGAUUAAAUAUUAUGACUGCAUUUUGUUGUGCAAUAACAUGACUAUCCUAUUUAGCCUAAAAUACUUGGCUGAAGUGUCUCCUAACCCUGUAUGUUGAGAAAUAUGUCUUUAUCUACAAAGACUACAACCAGGUAAAUGGAACAUUUGAGUUCUCACACACACGUGCGCGCUGGCCCAAGACAUUUUGCUGUCUCAGGCAAAGGAUAAGAUGACAUUCCCCUCUCCCCAAGUUUCCAUACAGAACCUGACUGCAGUUGAAUCUCUUUUAAAUGCUGGUAACAACUUGGCCUCUUCCACCACAGCUGAGGGGAGCAGGCCCUUUGACAGAGUGCAAGACAGGUUCAUAGCUUUGCCCCCCAAGAGAGGGAUUGCAAGGGAGUUGCCCCCCACCACCUCAAGCAGUUGUGUCACUGCCUCAUGCUAGAGCUGGCCCUGCAUUCUCAGCCAUGCAUGUAAGGGACAGUCUUACCAGGAAUUAGUAUCAAAAUAUGCUAGGAGUUUAAGUUUCAAUUGCUGUUUUCUCCCAAGAGGGUUGGUCCAGGCACUGAAUAGCAUUUGUGACUUAUUGUGCUUGUCAUUGUUCAUGGUGACUGUGAGUCAUACUGUUGAAAGAUACAAAGACCUAAGAUCAGAUAAUUCAUAGAAGUGUUAAUCCAGCCUCCUUUGUUUAGCUGGCCAAAAGGCCUCUGCCCCUUCUCUGGUCCCAUCUUUCAGUGACUUAGCCCAGGAAGCACCUCCACACUGAAGCUGAAGGGCAGGGGAGGGAAGAGAGGCAGCCACUCCGAGCAUAGGUGGGUACAUUUUAAAACCUCUGUGCCCAAAAUAGUUUAUUUACUCAUGACAGCUGCAGGAGCAACUUUUAAUCGUUGCUGCGGUGUUUAGGUGCCUAAUUAACAUUUUGAGUGACUAAGGGUUCGAUUCUAUGCAAGUUUAGAUCUUCUACAGCUUCCAGCAUGCCCCUGGGAGUUGUAGGCUACAUCUGUAUAGGACUGCACCUUGAAUGGUAAUUUAACUACAUAACGUGUGAUUUUUAUUAUUUCGAAUGCAUUUUUUUCUCAGUAAUGUGACUGGGAAGCACAAUUGUGGUAAGGCAGUGUGAGAGAUAGAGAAAAUGCCUGAGAUGAUGCAUUUAUCACAGCAGGUGUCACCUAAACCGAAUGAAAAUGAGAGCUCCCCCCCAACACGAAAUGUAUGCAGACUAAACUGAUAGACGGUAAUUCAUGUGAUUAAAUCAGCAAAGUCUUUUUUUGUCUAA